ACAGUUCGUGUGUGACCUUUUGACGGAGCAGUCCAAAAAACGCUAAGUGACGUUAGGCCAAGUCCCCAGGCAAUCAUGGCGAGCAAUUAUACUCGGAAGAAGAAAAAGGAUGCCGUGUUCCUGAAUGUAAAGCCCAUAAUGAAUGGCGACAUUUCCGUCCGGAAGUAUUCGAAUGGCAUCAUGGAUCAGAUGCAUAAUGGAUUUAGAAAACAAGUUUAUGAAAGGGCUAAUAUUCGACCGUCUCUGGCCACCAUAAGUUCGACCAAUCAGCAGUUCAUUCCAAAUGUUUUUUAUCAGAAUGUUGCUCCAAUAAAGUGGUUCCUGUCUGUGCUAGGCGUAUUGCCGAUUAUACGUUCGGGGCCAGGGACAACUCGAUUUGUUGCUCGUUCUCUACCAUUCGUUUAUUGUGUGGUGAUUUUCAUCUGUUUAUCGGCAUACGUUGCUUAUGUAACAAAUCAACGCAUCAUGAUCGUCACUUCGUUAAGCGGUCCAUUCGAGGAGGCGGUGAUCGCGUACCUAUUUCUUGUGAAUAUAUUGCCCAUUUUCACGGUGCCAAUUAUGUGGUGGGAGACACGCAAAGUCUGUACACUCUUCAACGAUUGGGACGACUUUGAGAUUCUCUACUAUCAAAUAUCCGGACACAGUGUACCCCUGAAUUUGAGACGACGGGCUCAGAACAUAGUUUUGGUGUUGCCGAUACUCUCAAUACUGUCCGUAAUAGUGACACACAUAACGAUGGCCGAUUUUAGUUUUAUUCAGGUUAUUCCCUAUUGUAUUUUGGAUAAUCUGACAGCAAUGCUGGGCGCCUGGUGGUACCUUAUAUGCGAGGCUUUAAGUAGGACUGCUUAUAUAUUGGCGGAACGAUUUCAAAAGGCCUUGCGACACAUUGGUCCAGCAGCAAUGGUAGCCGAUCACAGAGCUUUGUGGCUCCGCCUUAGCAAGUUGACUCGUGACACUGGCACGGCAACAUGCUAUACUUUCACCUUUCUCAACCUGUACCUGUUCUUCAUCAUUACGUUGUCUAUCUACGGGCUUAUGUCCCAGCUGUCGGAGGGUUUCGGCAUCAAGGACAUCGGCUUGGCUAUAACGGCACUUUGGAACAUUUGUUUGCUGUUCUUCAUCUGCGACCAGGCCCACAAUGCAUCGCUGUAUGUUCGAACCAAUUUCCAGAAGAAACUCUUGAUGGUGGAAUUGAAUUGGAUGAAUUCGGAUGCGCAGACCGAGAUCAAUAUGUUUUUACGAGCAACCGAAAUGAAUCCGUCGAACAUCAAUUGUGGUGGGUUUUUCGACGUCAAUCGCAAUCUCUUCAAAGGGCUUUUGACAACAAUGGUUACAUAUCUGGUGGUGUUGUUGCAGUUUCAAAUCAGCAUUCCAAAUGUCAUUCAGGGUAUCAAUUCAAAUAUGACCCUAAUCGAAGCCAUCACAAUGAUGAUAACGGAUAGUGAUUACAGCGGAGAGAGCGAGGAAGCCACAACCACAACAACAACAGCUUUGCCAAAGACAACAAAAAUCAUAUCCACUGGGACAAGGGGUCGCAAAGGCUAAUUCACACAACAAUCUUCUGUAUUUUUGUAGACUUUGUUUAUUUUUACGCAUUUUUAAAUAUUUCAAAAUUAAUUUGCAAUAAAAAUUGAGAAUUGUUUCUUCUUGGCGAAAUAACUAGCAA